CCAGGGCUCGCGAGACCCGGCGUACCCCGCGCGCUCCCGGCAGCCCCCGCGCCGCCCGCUGCCCUUCAGAGCGGCCAAGAUGGCGACGGCCACCAGGAUCAUCCAGCGCCUCCGCAACUUCCUGGCGGGGCGGAACCUCCAGGCCAAGCUGGCACUGCGCUACGAGGAGAUCUCCAAGAGAACCCAGCCGCCGCCCCGCCUCCCGGUGGGUCCCAGCCACAAGUUCGCUGAUAACUACUACUGCAGCCGGGACGGACGCCGGGAGUCGUUCCCGCCCAUCGUGGUCGCAUCGCAGCAGAAAACUCUGGCGGCGGGGGCGCUGGCUGGCAGGUGGGUCUGACCUUGUCGGUCCCGCAGCGCUGCUGCUGCCGUUGUUCGAGCUGAACGGGUUUAAGCCUUGUUUGAGUUACAGCAGAGGUGCAGAACUCUUCCCGUUACCAGUGUUGGAUUUCCAAGUUCAGGCUCUGCAGUGACAACAGCUGAUAAAAAAGCAGUGACCCCAGGACCACCACUUAAGAAGUGGGAAAUUUCUAAAGACCAGCCUUAUUUGUGAGCGGUGAGGGUGAACGAGGCUGGGUGUGCUGAUCACAGUUUGUCACAAAGCAGCACUCUGAGGGGGAGGCCUGCGGUGGAUUUUGCAGCAGUGGUGCUGCUGACCAAUAAAUAAAUGUAUUUAAAG